GACGACGAGCCGCAAGCGGCUUCGACAGUGUUCACAUGGAGCGUCACCUGCUUCACGUGGGACCUGACGAGGACGAGGAAAACUGGAGUGGUGCGAAGGCACCCAUGGUCUUGCCGGCUGGAGAGGGGAGAAAUGAGGAAGCGAGUGAACAGGGCCAGCCUGGGCGGGAAGCCGCAGCAGCGGAAGGGGAAGGAGCCGGAGAAUUAAGUGGAGAAGGUCCCUCGGCUGCUGAUGCUGCAGGCCUCGAGGAUGGCGGGAACCAAGAGGGCGCCAGUGGCGGUGACGAGGAGAAUGAGCAGCGACCUCAGGAGCCGGUCCACGAGGGCGUGGGAGACGAGGGUGUGCCGCCGCCGCCCCCGCCGCCGCCUGUGCCAGCGCCAGCGCCAGCGCCAGCGCCAAGGUGCAAACGCGCCUCAAGCAACAGGUUCGCCCACUGGCAGCGGCACGAGCUGGAGAGUGUUUUCCAGCAUACUCACUACAUCACUGCAGACAUGAGGAAACAACUGGCAGCAUCCAUGGGUGUGAGUGAAGCCAAAGUGCAGAAUUGGUUUAAGAAGAAGAGAGAACAAUACAGGAAAUAUCAAAAGCCAUAAAUAAAGGCCCAGAGAUGCUCCUCCUGCUAGGCAGACCACAUUUCCCUGAUGACUGUGGAGGGGCCCUAGAGUUUCAUCCUUUCCCAGAAGCCAGAUGCAGAUGCUUUUCUUUCUGUUACCAACAACUUAUUAUUAUACCCGUAUUCUCCUCAGCAUUUGUAUUUUCAAUAAAGAAGUGAAUUCUCAA